AGACGCGGUUGAGAGUUUUAAGACUGAAUACCUCCAAGCCGUAGUUACUCGCUGGUUCCUCCUCGACAGUGAACACUAUCAGCAAUCUCAGCUAUAGUUGGUGUUACAGUUGUCUGCAUUAAGCAGCAGCAGUAGUAGCAGCAGCAGGAACAAGCACUGCAUCACCCCAACCGUUCCUGAUCCACCUCGCCAUCAUGAAAGCUCUCGUUGCAGCCUCUUUCCUCUUUUGUCUCCUGCUGGUUGGCCAGGAAAGUGUCGUUGGACAAAGGGAUAAAUCAGAGAAUCAAGAGGAAAGAGGUAAUGUAAAAGCCAAGAGGAUCACUGGCAAUUUUGACGGUGAAUUCAAAAUUUCUGUCAGAAACCGGAGCGUUGAUGGUGGAACAAGAUUCUCUAAGAAGAACGGCAUUGUUAAACAAGUAAAACACAACAGGAAGAGCCAUGUCAAAAGUGGAAAGAAACGCGAUAGACAACAUGGUUAUAAAAUCAGGAGAGCGUUAAAACGACAUACAGCCAACAACAAACGUAGCCAUGACAAGUACCUGGAUGGGCGAAGUCGUGUCAAGAACUUGCAUGGGCGUAGCCGUGUCAAGAACUUGGAUGGGCGCAGUCGUGACAAGAACUUGCAUGGGCAUAGACGUGUCAAGAACUUGGAUAGGCGUAGCCGUGUCAAGAACUUGGAUAGGGUUAGCCGUGUCAAGAAAUUGGAUAGGCAUAGCCGUGUCAAGAGCCUGGAUGGGCGUAGCCGUGUCAAGAACUUGGAUGGUCAUGGGCGUAUCAGGAAAGGAAAGGAAAGAAAUGAGAAGACUAGCAAAACACAUGGAAUUCUCAAGAAAAAAGGAAUGAGGCGUCGUGAUAGCCAAGUCCAGAAGAAAGAAAAAGUGAACGGAGUCAAGAAGAAGUCGACCACAAGAAAGAAAAGAAUAUCUGCUGUAGGGAGAAGACAGAAGUCGGCUGCAGGAGGAAAACACAAGUCGGUCACAGGAAAAAAACACAUAUCGGCUGGAAGAAGAAAGCAUAAGUCGGCUGUAAGGAGGAAACACAAGUCGACUGCAAGAAAGAAACACAAAUCGGCUGUAGGGAACAAACACAAGUCAAUGAGGGAAAAAAACAAAAGUUAA